AGCUGUCAAAUCGAUUUGAACGAAAUCAAAAUAAACAACUGAUCGCCAGAGACCAAAUACGGCCGUUGCUGCAAAGAGAAUACAUUUACAGUUUAAAUAAUGGAUAAAGACACAUCGCGACGCGUUACUAUUAGCAAAACGCUGGAAGAAGUGCGCGUCCUUAAUGCGCAGAACGAUAAAUUGUUGAAAGAUUUCGGUAUCGAUGUGUUCAGCUUUGCCGAUCCGGCACAGGAGCUGCUGGAUCAGUUCGCCCAAAUCCGGCUCCUCACCGGGCUGUGCCUGGAGCGCCCCCAAAUGUCGCUGCUCGAAGAGUUCCUGUACACGCGAGAAGCGCAACGGCUGGAAGCGAAAACGCAAGCCAUUACGCUAGGCUCGGACGUGGUUUCGCUGCGGCUCCGGUGUGCCGACGAGACGAGGGAAGUGAGCCGGCUGGAAUGCUUCCUCGAGGAAGCCCACGAGCUUGCCACCACGACGGAUGAGUUCGAGAAGAAAAAGGCAAACCAGGAGAAAAACUGCGAGGUGGUAAAGGGCAAACUGAAAAGCCUUCCGAAUGUUCCGGAGGAUGUCAAUUUAGACGAACUGAUCGCUAACGUUCAGCUGCUGGAAGAGGAGGACAGCCGUCGGGGUGGUGAUAAAUGAGCAUCGUCAGCAUUGGAUGCAUCAUAAAAACAAAAGUACACAGUCAAGCAAGGAAAAAAAACAUAAGACAUCAGUCACGGGGAACCACCUCACAGGGUAAACAAAACAAAUUCCAUCCUAACGGGAACAAUAUUUGAGACCGGGGGGGAUUUUUGUUUGUCGCAUUUACCUUUCACCAGUGUUGUUUGGCUUAAAAUCACACAUUCCACCAUACCGCUACCGCCGAGUGUGACUCAACGCUUUUUUUUAACAACAUGUUGAACCUGAUCGAAGCAGAUUAAUUAAAAUCGAGGGGAGCACGGACAAAAGGUAAAUCACCGGAGUCUGUCCAACAUGGGACGCAGGAAAGGAUAGUGGUAUGUGAAAUGUGUUGACUAGCGAUCCAAUCGAAGAGUAAAAUAGGGAGAUGAAAUAUAUCAAAAUGUGAUAAACCAAUUAAAAGAUAAAUCAAAACUCACAAAUCAUCCAUCAACUUUGCUUGCAC